UGCACUGGAGUCUGGAGAGAGAAGUAGAGAGAACUCUUGUUAAUCAGCCUCCAACUUGGAGAGGAAGUUACCACCUCUUCCCAGACUCCACACACACACACACACACAAACACACACACACACACACACACACACACUUAAGGAAUUUAACCACAGCGGCAAAGCAAGCCGGGAAACAGUCAGGGCUGCUUGUUUGUGAUGUUUUCCCCAAAGUUCUUGGAGGGAAUGAUGUGUUUGUGCGUUCCUGAAGCUCUCUGGAGCCUUUGACUGGGACUGAUUGAAUAUCAAACGUUUAGGAUUGGAGUGGAUCAUGUCAAAGUCUGAGCGCUGAGCAAACAAGGUGGCCAAAUGAACUGUUUAGCCUGAAGACCAAAGAUCACAAGCUCGCUCCAGCGGUGAGACACAAAAGAAGGGUUAGCGAUUCUUUUCUCAUCACCGAGUCCUCUCCUAACACGAUGGGCUACAUCUGAAGAGCGGCUUCAUUAUUUGAUUUUGUGCUUUGAAGAAGCCACCAUGGACGUCAAAAAGAAGGAAAUGGAUCUCCUGAGCAACAGCAUAGCUGCUUACGCGCACAUCAAAGCUAACCCGGAGAGCUUCGGCCUGUACUUUGUGCUGGGUGUGUGUUUCGGCCUUGUUCUGACACUUUGUUUGCUGGUUAUCCGCAUCUCCUGCAAGCCGCGCACCCGCACCACCACCACCGGGGCCGCCUCAUCCACGCCAGAGAAAAAAACACCACGGGACGACGAAGAUGCGGAGAGCGAUGACGAGGAAGAGGACGAUGAAAGGGACGACGUGGAAGCGCCCGCCCUUCUGCUCGCCACCACGGUCACCACAGAGAUCCCCGUGGGGAAUGAGAGCAACCACUCGGACGGGACCCUGAAUGUGUUCACGUCGGCUGAGGAGCUGGAGAGGGCGCAGCGGAUGGAGGAGCGGGAACGUAUCAUACGGGAGAUCUGGAGGAACGGACAGCCGGACAUCCUGGGAUCAGGAACAGGGACCAUCGGAAGAGUGCAUUACUACUAAUAACAGACACCAGGCCCCGAAGACUGGAAGGCUUGUGGUGCAAAGUUACAAUACCAAGAAGUGUCUUGUUACAGACUAUUGGAUGCAUAUUGACAAAACAAUCAGUAUGAAUGGAGCUGAUGACACUUGAAGUAUGGCACUUAACGACAUGAAGUGUGUACACAGUUAUACACUACUCACACGAAGUUAGAGAUAAAGGACUUGCUUUUUUUAAUAUUGUGGUUUAUCCUUUGUACCCCUGCAAUUUUUUAAGCAAUCUUUUUUUAUGGGUUUUUACAGUAGCAAUGUGACAAGAUUUCACAAAAAUGACAGUAUGUCAAAAAUCUUUUUAGAGUUUUUUUGUGUUGGGAAAAAAAAGGCCUUUUAGGGGAAUGUUUUUGUGUGAUAUCGGCUAGAUUUUCAGAAUAUAACGAAGGAUAGGUUCCCCCCAAAAAUUCAGCAAAUAGGUGUAUUUCAGAAUUUGGAAAUGCCAACAUGCAGGGGUUCACUGUACUUGUUCCCACAGGACAGGACACUGAAUGUACUUUGCAGCUGUUUAAAGCCAAAAUUUCACCCCAAAACUGAAUAUCCCUAACUUUUUGUGAGUAGUGCACAUGCAGUGGUGGGUAAGACAGACUUUCAUUAUGUAUGCAAUGAAGGUUCUACAGUGUUCAUGGUGAGCACCCACACGAGGGCCCAUAGAGGAAAUUACAUUGUUUGAACACAAACAUAUCACUUAAUCUAGGGGGGUAGAUAAUGUUACAAUUAAAUUAAGGUUAAAAUGAAAAGGAAAUUAAAGCAUUCAGCGAAAAUAAUUUGCAGAUGUUGCCUUUGGGUUAAAAUAAUUUAUUCAAACAAACUCGCCUGAGUUUCAUUUCCAAUAAUUUUCAAUGUGCUGUAUGUACCUAUUUUCUUUUUAAUAGAAAUUUGACUUUAUAAUAAAUUAAAAAAAAAAAGUGGAAACAACAACACAAAACCUAACCCUUGUGUGAGAAAAAUGUUUUUAUAAGGCUAUUAAACGGAAGUGGCAUAAUGUGGUGGGAUAACAGAGCAUUAAAGUAAUUUCCUUCAGAAUGGAGGCCAGGAAAGUAUAAUGGUGCCACAUGCACACUUCAUUUAUUAAGUGCCUCCAUUAUUUUUUAUUUUGUAGCACAAUCACUAUCUACAGUUAUUUAUACAUGUACUGUAGGCCUACAUAAAUUUUAAAUAUUCCAUCACUUGAUACCUGUUUACUGCUGUUGUGAUUGACGUGUGCUUGGUGCCUGGGAAAACUCACUAGCGAAUGGGAAGCCAGCAUUGCAGCGGCCUUGACCAAUCAGGGUGUUGUUCUCUUUUAACAGCACUUUGCUACAUUUUCAGUCUUUUAAAGUCAAUUAAUUUGCAUUCAUUGGCUUUCAUUUUUUCUUCAUGCAAAUUGAUAGUGUAGUUAUAACACAAAACUUAUUACUUUGGUUUCAUUUAAACUUAAAUAUGUACGUUAGUCACAUAAACGUGUAUUAAAACUCAACAGCCAAUAGGAAGCCAUUAUACUGCAGCACACAAAUCUCUCAUUGACUUGGCACUUAGCUACUUUUUCUGUCUUGUAAAGUCACGUAAUCUCCAUUCAUUGGCUUUUAUAAGUAUGCGACUUGUUAGUGUAGUUAUAACAUAAACGCUUUAAUUUCAUUUCGCUUAAACUUACAUAUGUUCAUUUUGUAAAUUCGACAUGGCAGCACCCUCAGCAACAAUGGCGGAAUUGGAUGACGUCUCAGAAGAAGGGAACUCUCAAUACUUUCUUCGGUCUUGCCAAGUGACUUAAUCUCCAGUCAUUGCUAUUUUUUUUUGUAUUAUUAUGCAACUUGAUGGUAGCUCUAGAAGCGGAAAUGUAACUCAUUGUGACAAAGGUUCUGGCCGCAACCUGAGCAAAACAAUGACAUACUGUAUUACAAGGCUUUAAUAGUUCCAGCAAUACUGAUUAAAAACAUCACAACAUGAA